AUGAAGAACGGUGACGAGUGUUGUAUGAAGAACGGUGACGAGUGUUGUAUGAAGAACGGUGACGAGUGUUGUAUGAAGAACGGUGACGAGUGUUGUAUGAAGAACGGUGACGAGUGUUGUAUGAAGAACGGUGACGAGUGUUGUAUGAAGAACGGUGACGAGUGUUGUAUGAAGAACGGUGACGAGUGUUGUAUGAAGAACGGUGACGAGUGUUGUAUGAAGAACGGUGACGAGUGUUGUAUGAAGAACGGUGACGAGUGUUGUAUGAAGAACGGUGACGAGUGUUGUAUGAAGAACGGUGACGAGUGUUGUAUGAAGAACGGUGACGAGUGUUGUAUGAAGAACGGUGACGAGUGUUGUAUGAAGAACGGUGACGAGUGUUGUAUGAAGAACGGUGACGUGUUUUGUACAAAGAACGGUGACGUGUUUUGUGGAAAGAACGGUGACGUGUUAUGUACAAAGAACAGUGACAUGUUUUGUACAAAGAAUGGUGACGUGUUUUAUAUGAAGAACAUUGACGUGUUUUGUAUGAAGAACGAUGACGAGUGUUGUGUGGAACGGUGCCGUGUUUUGUGUGAAGACGUUGACAUGACUAAUGUGAAGAACAGUGACAUUUUUUUCCAGGGAUGA